CCAGGCUGCGCUCCCGCCCGCCUCUCGCCCUCUUCUGCGCCAGGGAGCCCUUCCACCUCCGCGUCACCCUGAAUUCCCCACGGAGCUUCCGCGGGCCACCAAUGGGGCGCGACGCGCUGAGCCCGCGGGAGGGAAGGUCGUCUGAAUAGGCAGUGCCUCGACGUCCUUCUCGCACGAAAACGACAGCGAGCGGUCGGAGGGGGGGGGCGUGAUUCCCGCGCACACGCGCGCCCCCAAAGAGCCGAGAGGAGCUCGAAGCGGGAAGAAAGCCGCCCAGCGACGACCUUGCAAUGCCCGCACCUGAGGACAGAUGAGGCAGGUGUUAAAAGAACCUAUGGAGCAUACUACCUUCCUAUUCCUCCUCUGUGAAGAUGUAUAACCCCUAAUGAGAGGAGGAUUAGGUUAGAUUGGGCAUCCUUCAAUCUCAAGAGACUGUGGUAACAUGCUCUGAAUAGAGGACUUGGAACAGCAUCUAGUGUGGCUGAGAAGGAGGAAGAGUUUCAAGAAACAAUAAUCCAGUGCUUUUAUGAAAAUGAAUUUUGCCACUGAGGUGCUAUCUUUUUCAGAGGUCACCAUCGCCUUCUUUACGGUGGCAUUUAUUUUAAUUUUUGUACAAGUGUUAAUGAAGAACAGGCAACCACGCCCUCCAGGACCUUGGUCAUGGCCAAUUUUGGGAAAUCUUCUCCAGCUUGGAGAGUAUCCAUAUGUUUACUUUGACCAGCUCAGGAAGAAAUAUGGAGACAUUUUUCAAAUAAAGCUGGGCAUGGUCCCCGUUGUGGUGGUGAAUGGCCAGGAUGCCGUGAAACAAGUGCUGCUGAGAGACGGAGAGAGUUUUGGUGGCCGUCCUGAUAUGCACACUUUUUCCUUUUUUGCCAAUGGAGAGAGUUUGUCAUUUUCUGUGAAAUACGGAGAGAGCUGGAAGCUUCAGAAGAAGAUUGCCAACAAAGCUUUAAGAUCCUUUGCAAAAUCCGAAGCCAUGUCUUCCACUUGCUCUUGUCUUCUUGAAGAGCAUGUUUGUGCCGAAGCUUCAGAAUUGGUAAAAAUCUUUGUGGAGCUCUCAAAGAAGGGUGGCUUUGACCCUACUGCUGUGACUACCUGUAGUGUUGCCAAUGUGGUUUGUGCUCUUUGUUUUGGCAAGAGGUACAACCAUCAUGACGAGGAAUUUCUGAGCGUGCUAAAAUUCAAUGACGAUUUUGUGAAAGCCUCAGGAGUCUUCAAUCCAGCGGAUUUCAUACCAUGCCUUCGCUACCUUCCCCUCCCAGCUGCAAAAGCUGCUCGUGAGUUUUAUGGAAAAUUCAAUGACUUUGUUGAACAUCGUGUGAAAGACCAUUUUGUCACAUAUGAUGAGAAUCACUUCAGAGACAUCACAGAUGCCCUGAUUAGUGUUAGCAAUGAAAAUAGAGCAAAUGGGGAAACCACAGCCUUAUCUAAUGAGAAAAUAGUGAUUACUGUGAACGACAUAUUUGGAGCUGGUUUUGGGACUGUGUCAACAUGUUUGCAAUGGGUAUUUCUGUAUUUGAUGAGCAAACCAGAGGUUCAAACAAAAAUUCAAGAAGAAAUUGGAGAAAAAAUUGGACUAAAACCACCCAGAUUUGAGGAUCGAAAGGAACUGCAUUAUACAGAAGCUUUUAUCAAUGAAGUCUUCAGGCACAGCUCCUUUAUACCAUUCACCAUUCCUCACUGUGCCACAAAGGAUGCCAUUCUCAACGGGUACUAUAUUCCACAGAACACUUGUAUCUUCAUUAAUAUGUACCAAGUAAAUCACGAUGAGAAUUUGUGGGUAAACCCUUACGUGUUUAAACCAGAGAGAUUUCUGGAUGAAAAUGGAAAACUCAACAAAAGCAUGGCUGAGAAGGUUUUGAUAUUUGGAAUGGGAAUACGAAAAUGUCUGGGGGAGGAAGUUGCUCGCAAUGAGAUUUUUAUUAUUCUCACCACCAUCUUGCAACAGCUGAGAGUGGAGAAACCUCCUGAAGAUCAUCUAGAUUUCACUCCAAUUUAUGGGCUCACAAUGUUACCCAAACCAUACCGAAUUCAAGUAUCGCUGCGCACUUGAGUUGGGGGAUCAUAUAAUGAGGGAACAGCUUUCCUUCAGCGAUUCUGAAGGAUUCUGAGAUUCUUGGGAUUGGGCAAGAUGAUGUAAUGUAAAUCAAUCCAGGAUCCUUGUGGGAUUCUUGUAGAAAAUACCCUUAAGAAGAGUUUAUUACAAAAUAUAUUAAAGAGGAUCAAAAUGGGUUUUUAAAGGGAAGACAAAUGGAAAAUUUAAGUAGG